UGUGAUUUUACGGUGAGUUGAGUUUUGUUUUUAAAAUGCAAGUAUGAUUACGAGAAAAUGUCGGAGGAUAAGGAACGUUAUACUUUGUCUAGUGCUUAUUAUGUGCAUUAGCUUGAUGAGAAUGAAUAACGAUCAAACUCAUGACGAAUACUGUCCUUCUGACACUUUAUUUGAAACUGUGUAUCUCUUCAACUCAAUAGCUGAAGCUAAAUUAGAAUGGACAUCAGUUGAAUAUAUUGUGAUUAAUGUUCUUGAUGGUUCUACUUUCCAAUCAAUUUUCGAAUGCUGUAUAUUUAGUGAAAACAAAUCAAGUACGCAUCGAUCAAAGGCAACAGUCAAAGACAGCUUUACGCAUAGAUUGAUGAAUCCUGGACUACCGGCUAAGCAAUACCAGUGCCCGGUAAAGAACAUUAAAUUCAAGCCAGUACACAUAGGACUGGUUGAGAAUGGGAACCCUUGCGAUCCAUGUAUUUCAGUCACGUCUGUCAUUUAUCCUAUAGUUAUGGAACAUGGUGCAGGAGUGUGUGCGAAAAUUGCUUUUGAUCAUCUCAAUCCUACAAAUCUAAUUGAAUGGUUUGAAUACCAGAUAAUGAUGGAUGUAGAUACUGUUGUCGUUAUGUUGCAAUAUAUAAAUGACGAAGCAUUCAAAGUGUUUAGGUACUAUCAACAAAUGGGUUUAUUAAAAAUGUUGCCAUAUCCAAGAGUGCUACCAGGAAAACCAGAUCGUGGAUUUGAAUCAACUAAUUGGCAUAUUGAACAAAGCGGUCAUGAUGAACAGGUUGCUGUUUAUACAUGCCAGGCUUAUUUACAAGGCUAUGAACUAGUAGCAAUCAUCGAUUUUGACGAAUUCAUUGUGCAAGACAAAUUUAUAUCAUACAAAGCCAUGCUAAAGUCGGAAUUAUUACCAUUGUAUCCGCAGGCUGCAGCAUUUACAUUCAAUGUAUCUUUCUUCAUAACAGACUGGGGAGUUUCCGGAGUAGAUCACCUACUUACAAGUCGAUACAUACGAAGAACAACACCUCGAUAUGAGCGUUAUAAAAAUAUGUACAUUCCACAAAGAACACAACAUGUGAACACACAUGAAGUCCAACCAAAACCUGGAUACGAAAGUUAUUUCUUUCGCACAUAAUUCAACUGUUAAUGAGAAAACUGGAAUGUUGUAUGGUGUAUGGGUACUAGCGUACGGUAAAAUAGUGUUCUCAGGUAUUCGUAUGGUGUUAUGGUAUUAUUAUUUUAUGAUUUAUGUUGUAUUAUAUAAUGAUGUAUGGUGUUAAUGGGAAGUGUUAUAACUCUAAGACUGUGCAAUAUAGACACACAAAUAUUUAUUUUUUUGCACACAAUAUCUCAUCUACAAAAGGAUUAAUGGUCCUGACUACGAACUGAAAAGGUAUUGUGCAACUGAAAGACAAGAACUUGCAGUAGAAUCAGAAAACCUUUGGAUCAAAACAACAAAGUCCGACACAAGCAUUGUACCACGAGAGUAAAUCACUAUUUCAUUUUAACAACAAACUGAUAUUGGAUAUUAGUUGAACACAUGUAUUUGAGUAGCUUUUUUAAAAUAAAAACGUCAACGAUUACAAUACAGGAUGAUGCAGCUAUAAUGUAUCGAAAACAUAAUAUAUUUGUUGUUAUCCUCAUCAUUUUAACCAUAUGUUUUUCAGAAUAAUACUUAGAUCCCACAAUGUUGUUUUGCAUCAUUAUAGAACAUGUCCACAUGAGCGCAAGUGGAAAUACUGCAUGCAGUUUACACCAAUUAUUGAUAGGAAGAUGCUUCAUUUGAAGUCAAAGCUACUCAGGAAUGUGAUGGGUGUAAAAGAGCAAAUUGGUCUAAUCUGAUGUAAAUAACGAGGAGAAGCAAAUACAAUGUGUUAUUGUUAGAAUAAAGACAAUGUAUGUGAAAUGACCUGGGAAAUCUUCAAAUUUUGAAAAAUGAGUUUGUUCUUCAGAAUGUUCUUUUCGUUCAGUUUUGAUUAUUAUCAUCUAUUGAAGUUAAAGAUGAUAAGCGUAACUUAUGAUGAGGAUUAACUGCAUUGUACGUAUAAAUCAAUGAAAAUUGAAAAACCUCCAGGAAUGAGGGGUCCUUUCAUCAUUUUUCCGUCACAGCAUUUUCUAAAAUAGUCAUCACCUUGGGUAAAUACAUAUAUUUAUUAAUAACAUUUCAUUUAAACUAGAAAACUACUUUAAUACCCCUUCGAAAUGUUAACAUCGAUAAUAACAUCGCCAGACGAGAUCGCGGACAAAUCAAAUACGGCAGAGGUGUCUCUUUCAUUGGAAAUCAUACCACAUAUUUUUUGUUGUAUAUUCAGCUGUUACUUUUUUUCGAUUUUCUGGGUUAACGAUUCACCCACCUGAAAAAAGGAAACAAUACAGUUUGUCUUGUGGUUUCCUUGGUGUAUUUAAUGGCUCGAAAUGCCGACCAUAAAGUUUGUAUUUGCACUUUAAGUCAUGGACUUUCACAAAGGUACAGUUGAUUCCUAAAGAAAUUGUUAACUCAAGGUAUUAACACUUGAGGACCCUAAAUAAAUCAUCCCUACUUAUGGCAUUUUUUCUAAAUGAAAUUAACAUACCUAAUAUAGUUUUGUUUGAUCUGACUAUUAGAUAGAUGAAUGAUAUAUAUCUGCCUUUUCAUUUAUAAACAUCAAUGUAACCAACAUCUUUUUAUUUAUGCAUGUUUCUUCCUCCGAUAUCUUUCAUCAUAUUGGGCGUCCGCAAAUAUUGACACCUGAAUAGUCAAAAACGACAGUUUCAAAUGUAACAAGAGUUUACAAUUACAUGACAUAUAUUAAUAAUUUUUCAAUAUGGAUAAUAAUAGUGGCACAGAUUAGAAUUAAUCCAUGUUGUUUUUUCAAAUAUUGGCGUUGUCAGUUUAUUUUCGAUCUAUGUGUUUGACUGUCCCUCUGGUAUCUUUCACCCCUCUUUUAUAUAUAUUUAAUAAAACCUCCUACAUUUCAUA